AUGACGUCGGUAGAUGUGCCCGCGCCUACGACAGCUUCGUCUUCGGUGGCUAAUACAGCUAAUGGACCUUUGCGGCCGCAUGGAGGUCAUAGAGGAGGUAGAGGCAGAGUCUCGCAUCGUCGAGGAAGAGGACGAGGACGAGGCGAUGGAGUUGCAGUUGUAGAUGGAGCUCAGCAGCAGCAGCAGCCAGAAGGACAACCACAGCCACCACAGGAACAAGAACAGCAACGAAGGCCCAGACGCGGUCGAGGGAGAGGAAGAGGCGCCUCUCACGCCGGACGGUCAGAAGUAGUGACGACAAGGACGUUUCGUGGCAGGUUGACCCGGCCAAACGAGCCCGCAUCCCCAAGCUCAGCUCAUGGAAGCACCAGCAACCACACGUCUCAAGGCCAGAAACACAGUGACGGAGCCGAGUCUUCCUCCUUACGGCCAGAUGCGUCGGUGUUUGUGCCUGGACGGCGUCACCAGGCUCUUCAUCCUGCUCCUCCUUCAUCCUCCACAGCAUCUACUCCGAAACAGCCACGACGGCACCAUAACAAACCUACCAGGUCUCUCACCAAAUCGGUAGCAGACAACAUCACCACGCGUAUCCACGAGGAUAUCUCAAACGGGCUCUAUGAGUGUCCAAUCUGCACGUCUGAACUUGGCCCCAAGUCCAAGGUCUGGUCAUGCAGACAGUGCUGGACCGUUUUCCAUCUCCACUGUAUCAAGAAAUGGUCAACUAACGAGGGAUCCGUACACACCAGGCCACGGGAUCAGGAACAGCAGGAUGACUCCCAGCUUCCCCCUGCCCGUCAGUGGAGGUGUCCUGGCUGCAAUCUCCCACAAGACACUCUUCCGUCAGGGUAUACUUGCUGGUGCGAAAAGGAGGUGGAUAUCAGAUCUCUCCCUGGCCUCCCUCCUCACUCAUGUGGCCAGUCCUGUUCUCGAUCCAGAGAAGGAUGCCCUCACCCUUGCGAUUCUGUCUGCCAUGCUGGACCCUGUGCCCCAUGUCAAGCCAUGGGCCCUGUGCAGAGCUGCUACUGCGGAAGGCAUGAGGCCCAGAAGAAAUGUGUAGACACAGACUAUACCUCUGGAUGGAGCUGUAGAGAAACAUGCGAAGAAGUUCUUCCAUGUCUACAACAUACCUGCCAACGUGCAUGCCACGAAGGCCUUUGUGGAGAGUGUGAAGAACUAGUUCCAGCAAGAUGCUACUGCGGCAAAGUUUCUAACAAAAUAUUGUGCAAUCUCAAGGAAGAAGAAAGAGAAAGCCGGAACCAGAAAGAAUCUUGGAUUGGUUCUUUCACCUGUCCCGAUAUUUGUGGCAGGCUAUAUGAUUGUGGAAUCCACCAGUGUGAAAAACUCUGCCAUCCACAGGAAUUACAACCUUCUCACUGCCCUACUGCCCCUGAUAUGAUUUCAUACUGUACCUGUGGGAAGACUAAGCUUGCUGAUAUGGACACUGAGCCGCGCAAGACCUGUACGGGCCCUGUUCCAAACUGCCAGAAGAGCUGCGACAAGCUCCUGAAAUGUGGCCACACCUGCCCGAAGGCAUGCCAUACCGGCCCCUGUCCGCCAUGUUUUGUCACCACGGAUAUCUCAUGCAUGUGUGGACGAAGUACCUCGAAGACACUGUGUCAUCAGGGGAAGUUAGAGCCGCCCUCAUGCAUGCGCGUGUGCAAGGCGGCACUAAACUGCGGAAGGCAUGUCUGCGGCGAACGAUGCUGCACUGGCGAACGCAAGGCCAUAGAUCGACUCGCGACCAAGAAGAAACUCAAGUCUAUGAAUGUCAGACAAGCCGACGAGACCGAUAUCGAGGCAGAGCAUAUCUGUACCCGAGUGUGUGGCAGAUUACUGAAAUGUGGCACCCAUGAAUGUCAAGAGCUAUGCCAUCGGGGCCCCUGUGCUAGGUGUCCAGAGGCCAUCUUCCACGAAAUUACAUGCAACUGCGGCAGAUCAGUUCUCUACCCUCCCCUCCCAUGCGGUACAGGGCCGCCUCCUUGCAACUUCAACUGCGGUCGAGCGAAACGAUGUGGUCAUCCUCAGACGCCACACAACUGCCAUACCGAUGACGAGGCUUGCCCCAAGUGUCCAUUCUUGACAGAAAAGAGGUGUCUAUGUGGCAAGAAAGUCCUCAAGAACCAGCCUUGCUGGCUGGUUGAUGGUAGAUGUGGACUUGUCUGCGGCCAGGAACUACAGUGUGGCUCUCACACAUGCAAAAAGGAAUGUCACCGCCCUGGUGAUUGUGAGGAUUCGACGACUGGAUGCCAACAGCCAUGCGGGAAGGUUAAGAAGCAAUGCUCUCAUAUUUGCACUGAACCAUGUCAUGCGCCGUUCCCAUGCCCUGAAAAGACCCCUUGCCAGUCAAAGAUUAUAAUUACAUGCCAGUGUGGACGGAUGAAGCAGGAAAAACGCUGUGGUGCAUCCAAGGACAAAGACCGUCAGGGCCAUGAAGCUCCUUCCUCUCUACCCUGUGAUGAAGAAUGCGGUCGAAUCCAGCGUAAUCGCGCCAUUGCCUCUGCCUUUGGGCUUUGUGUCGACCCCUCAGCCUCCAGCAACGCAGCAGCAUCUGAGCCGCUCACUCUCGAGAAUCUACCAUACUCCAAGGGCACUCUUGAUAUGUACAUGGAACUUGCUUCAUCUUCUUCACUUUCAGCUAUAGAAACCUGCGAAUCCAAACUCUACGACCUAGCACUCAGCAUGACUGACCGUUCGGCUCGCUUCCCACCUGCUCGCGCUAACUUCCGCGCAUUUGUGCACUCUCUAGCCGAAGACUGGGGGUUCACGUCUGAGAGUUUCGACCCAGAGCCCCAUCGGCAUGUUGUUGUGUAUAAAGCAGGAGGUUGGCUACCGCCAUCCCUCGCCGGACCUGGAAUAGGCAUACGUGGAAUGAGCGUCGCCGACUGCGCCAAGUUCCGUGACAGAGAGCGAAUGAAAGAGAGAGUCGCAAAGCGUGAAGCUGCCGCCGAACGGACUAGGCUGGAAGCUGUUCUGAAAGACGCAUCUUCCGCCAGUGCCAACGACGGAUGGGCACAAGUCGUUUCGAGAAAACGCCCUGGAACGAGCAGCAGCCCAAUUGAGGCUUCUCCAUAUGCCUUUGGAACCACCACGCCUAAUGAUCUGAAGGGAAAGCUGGUCCUGCGCAGCGGCAUUGGAGCAGGACGAAAUAUCGGCUCUAACUCGCGAUUCGGUGCACUGGGGAUGACUGACGCUGAUGAGGGAGUAGUUGAAGACUGGGAGGAAGAAGUAGCGCGCGAGGAGCGAGAGAUGGAGGAGAAGAUGGAUAUGCAGCAUGACGGAAGCUCUCCAGCUGCUUAA